AUGCGUUUGUUAACGUUUAGCUUUAUAAAGACUUGCAAAUAUAGGAAGUUAUGCGGUACCUUUCCUCGCAGCAUCAGCGGUUUGGUGCAGCCCGACGUAAUGCCAGUAACAGGUGACCCAAAUUUGGUAGACAUCACGUCAUGGAAGGAGGACGAGGAACCUGAGCUCCGCAGUGCUGUGCUGGCAGACAUGCAGGUGUACCCUGAUUUCAUUAGUGAGAAGGAGGAGAACGCUCUGCUGCAGGAACUGGAGCCCAUACUGCGGCGCAUGAGAUAUGAGUUUGACCACUGGGAUAAUGCAAUCCAAGGUUUCCGUGAGACAGAGCGUCGGGACUGGUCAGCGGAGAGCUCGGCGGUGCUGUCGCGCGUGAAGGCGCUGGCCUUCAGUGCGGCGGGCGGCGCGCCGCUGGCCGUGCUGCCCCACGUGCACGUGCUGGACCUGGCCGCCGCCGGACACAUCAAGCCGCACGUCGACGCAGUGCGGUUCUGUGGCAACGUGAUAGCGGGUCUGUGCCUGGUCUCCAGUGCAGUGAUGGAGCUCGUCCACACUGAGAAGUCUCACCUCCAGCUACACGCACUACUGGCCCGGCGUGCUCUCUACAUCAUGAAGGGCGCGGCGCGGUACUCGUUCACGCACGCGGUGCUGGGCGGCGCGCGCAGUGCGUGGCGCGGCCGGCCGCUGCCGCGCGCGCGCCGCGUCGCUCUCAUCUGUCGCAGCGCGCCGCUCCGCGACACGGACGACUAG